UUGAUAACUGUAUUAGAUACACUUUCCUUCUUGUUUUUGGAUAAGUACAAACUGAGACGUCUGGAACUAUUUUUUGGAUUUUUGAUCACUACAAUGGCCGUAUCGUUUGGUUAUCAGUACAUCGUUACUGAUAUACCGCAAAUCAGUGUAAUUGAAGGAAUGUUCCUACCUUGGUCUUCUGAUUACCGUCCCGGUACACUGCUGCAGGCUGUGGGUAUAAUCGGUGCCGUUAUCAUGCCGCACAACUUAUAUUUACAUUCAGCGCUUGUAAAGAGUUUUUUUUUUCUUUUAAGUCUCGUGCGAUCAAUCGAAACGAUGUUAAGGAAGUGAAAAAAGCAAAUCGUUAUUACUUUAUAGAAG